CGCGCAGCAUAGCAGUCGUCUUGGCGUGGCUGAUUCCAUGGAGUUGCAUAUGAUCUUCCUCACCUUCUUCUUCUUCUUGGGCCUUGCGGUGGCUACCGAUCCCAACAACAACAACACCACCGUCGAGGCGGCCAUGACCACCACCACACGUCACGACCUUGCUGUCACCGGCGGCGGCGGCAGCUCGCUGUGCGUCCGCAUGGCUUCUCCGGAGGCUUAUGAUGGCGUCGUGGCGCUGAAGGAUGAGGAUGGAUCUGGCCCUCUGCUCUUUUGGAGCAGGAAAGGAAAGAUCUGGGCGCCUGAGGUGCGCGACAAGCCACUGAUUGAUCUCGGCGGCCGCCUCAGCCAGAGCCAGGACGCCGACGCGCGGGGCCUUGCUGGCGUUGCUGUGCAUCAUUCAACCGGCCGAGUUUUCCUGUCCUACUACAGCGCUAGCCCCAACGGCAGCAGCGCCGCCUCCCUCGUCGUCGAUGAGCUGUCGUCACCAUCCGGGUGGAAGAAUGAGGCUGAGGCUACGUUGACGACUCGUCGGGUGUUCUCCAUCGCGGCAGCAGAGCCCCGCUCGUCGUCAGCGUUUCCUGUCGAUUUCUACGCUGGUCAAAUCAUGAGUCGGCCCACCAGCAGCGAUCCAUUCAUCUACAUCAUCACAGGCCCAGCCCAGAGCGACGGUCAGCUACAGGCCCAAAUUGUACGUUUCAGCGUUGGAGAACAUAACGCCUCGGGCCAUGUGUAUGCAGCAGGGCUAGGGAUCCCGAGGAGAUGCGCUUUCGACACCGAGAGAAGUCAGGACCUUUACUGUGCUAUCGUCAAGGAUGACCAGGAGCUUGUGUAUCUUAUCUCGGACCCUGGUGCUCCAUCAACCUCUGCCACCCCGCCAAGCCCCACGCUCAUUGUGGCCCAACAGCGGCCCAUCCCACCAUCGAUAAUAGGUGGGCUGCUCUACCGGGGCUACGCCGACAACGCCCUCCACGGAAGCUAUAUCUACAUGGACCGCUCGAAAUUGUGGAUGACGGUGACAUCUCCUGACCGCAAUGUGAGCGUCGCUCGCGACAUCAGGGUCACAUGCUCCGCUUCCACUGCAUCUCCCUCCUGCAGCGGCGGCGAUUUUACCGGCACCGUUACCUCCUUUGGUGAAGAUGCAGACAAGAACGCGCUGCUGCUGGCAACCAACGGCGCGUAUCUGGUUGUGGAGCCCACCCUAUGUGACACGAACCCCAAGGAUCCAACAUCUAAGACGAACCUUCUCAAGUGGGUCCUUGGUGCCAUAGGGGGCCUGGCAGGGGCUCUUCUCACAGGUUACGUGGGCUACAAGAUCAUAGUCAAUUGCUGCAACAACAACGGCAACAAUCAUCAGGCCAAUGCCCAGAACGUUAUCGGUAACAACAACAACGUCAUCGUCAAAUACUAGCGCAGGAACCGUUCUGACUUUUAGAGUCGCUGGUCUUUUGUAUACUAUACCGUCUCAUUCUCUGGUUCAGAAGAAUCUUGUACCUAUAGGUUUUCAUUUUGGGUGUGCCUUUGUUUGGUUUUCUAUAUGAACUGGUCCACUUAUAUUAUCUUUUGGUUUGAGAUCCA